CGCCAAUAAAUCCAAGAAGAAAAAGAAGAACUUCCGCUUUCCCGCUGAGACGGGAAAUAAACAAAACAAGCUGCAAGGAGGGAAGGAAGAACAGAGAACUGUAGCUGGGGACUGAUUCUUAUCAUGAUGACAGCGAAGAGGCUGGAGAGCUUUGAGGUGGUCUGUGAGUGGGCUUCCUGCAGCUUCAAGGGCCACAGCAUGGAGGAACUCAGCGACCACAUGGCUCUGCAUCUGAGGGAUUACCUGGGAGACAAGGAUGCCCUGGAGGAGCUGGAUGAGUUUGCCUGUCUGUGGAAUGGAUGUGACUUCCUUUCCAUGGGCAGCCCUACAGAGUUGGAGGUUCAUGCACAUUUCCACAACUACCACGGUAAACUCAGGUUCAUUGGGUCCCAGCUGCUGAAGACUCGCCCCGACCUCCCCAGCUGCAACCAGGGCAUGCACAGCCUUAAUCUAGUGCCAGAGGGCUCGGAUGGAUACAUUUGCCAAUGGGAGCAUUGUGAUAGCACAUUUAACAAUCCAGAGUGGUUCUACCGCCAUGUGGACAAUCAUGUAGAAAGUGCUGAGCAGCAAUCUCUUUCCCAACAGCAGGCUCUCUUCUGCAGCUGGGCAGGUUGUGACGCUUUCUUUAAGAUCAGGUACAGGCUGAGGGAGCACAUGCGGAGCCACACUCAGGAGCGUCUCGUGGCCUGUCCCACAUGUGGCAGCAUGUUCUCCAGCAACACUAAGCUGUUCGACCACCUCCAGAGGCAGGCAGAGCCCAUAGAGUCCCUGGUGUGUGAACAUUGUGGCAAAGCUUUUCCCAGUGAGAGACUCUUGAGGGAUCACAUUCGCCAGCACGUGAACCAGGUGAAAUGUCCCUUCUGCGACAUGACCUGCACCACUUUAGCAGCUCUGAAGAUCCACAUCAGGUUCCGCCACUGCGAUGAGCGGCCCUUUCCAUGUGACUUCUGCGACAAGAGGUUUAAAAACCAACGAGAUCUCCAGAAACACACCGAUGUUCACAACGAGGGUACAGUGUUUCACUGCACGGUGGAGGGUUGUGAUUAUUCCUGUUACACGCUUCAAACUAUGAACCACCACUUCAAGAGAGUUCACGAGGCUGGUGGGAUGUCCAAGUAUAAAUGUCACAUCUGCGAUAAAGUCUUCUCCUGGUGUUACACUCUCACGCUUCACCUCCGUAAGAAGCACGAACUGAAGUGGCCCUCUGGACAUUCACGCUUCAGAUACAGGAAGGAUGUAGACGGUUUCCUGAAAGUCAACAUGGUGCGCUUUGAGACUGUGGAGGUGACGAAGGAGAUCAUGAAGAACAUGGCCAAAAAGCCACAGAACCUCCGGCAGAGUCAGAGAUCCGGCAGCACUAAGAAGAAAGCUGCCGUCACCCCACAGAGCAGCCGGAGCUCGCCGGCAGGUUCUUCCUCACCCUCAUCCAACUCCUCUUCCUCCUGCUCUUCAGACCUCUCAGGAGGGGAGGAAGCUUCCUCCCAGCACAGCCCUGUAGGUGGAGACUCUCCCGUCUACUGCAUGAUGACGACAAUUCCUCACAUCGAGGACGAAGCCGGAGGACUGUCGCAGGACGGCUGUGACGGCGGCGGGACGUCAGGCGCGGUCCAGGCUCUGACGGAAGUUGCGAGGGGCCUGGGGAUGGACGUGGUGUAAAUCUCAGAAAUGUCCUGCAAUGUUUUGCUUUUAUUAUUGUGUGUCAGCAGAGCCAUGUCGGGACCAAAGUUUUAAUUCUCAGCAGAAGCUCCCUGCACUCUGUGCUUGUUAACUUAAAGUGAUCCUGUAGUUUUAAAAUUGCACUGCUAGCGCUAAGCAGCUUUCAUUGCGUUUUUUUCUCAUCGAAAGAUUUAAUUUUUUUAUAUCCUAGUGAAACGUCGUUCAAUUUUUAUUCUUUUAAAUAUAUUUAUAAAAAUGUAACCCUUCCUUGAAAAUUAUUUUAUUGUUUGCUCUAGUGUAUGGUGAAAUAUAUUCACAUAUUGGAUGAAUUUUUCAAGGUGAGAUCAUUAAAUAAAAGUAAAGUAAAAUCAGCCCUAAUGCCCUAAA